AUGGUCAAGGAGCGCGUGGAGCUGUGCAGCGCGGUGAUGCUGCUGUCGGAUCUGCAUCGCAUGAAGAGCCCGGCAAGGAAGAUACUCAUGUUCCCACGGCUGUGGCUGGCGGAGGCCGAGGAGACGAAGAAGGACCCGCAAACGGCGACGACAUGGCGAUUACUACGGACAGCAGCGCGGCGUUACGGAGUCACGCUGGUUCCCAUGGAGCCCAUCGUUGACGGAGCAGAUGCGAAUCUGGCGUCCUCAUAUUCUCUCGCCAGCAUUUACUCGCUCGCCGAAUUUGAGAGGGUUGUGUAUUUGCAAGGCCCAGGCACGUUACUCGACGCGUCCGCGUUGGACUCGAUGCUGGCAUUCUCAAAGUCUGAGACGAUAGCCGCGUUCCCAGCUUCGCCAGAGAGGAAAGAACUCUCGACUUCUCUGCUUCUUGUACACCCGUCGAAGGACACAUUCCAGCAGUUAAAGGCGCAGAGAGCGUCUGCUUCCAUCUCAGAUCUGGAACUGUUUCGUGCAACAUUUCCGGCAUCUGAGUCGCUCAUUGCAGAUUGGACGCUGUCAAGGGGCAACCUGUACUACGAGUCACAAAGCCUCCGCGAGCCUGUCGACGAAUUCAAUGCCACAGCGUUUGAAGAAUCGACCACCUAUGUGCGAUUGUCAGACCCGGAAUUGCCCGGGCCAGAGUAUGAUGUGCCGUAUUCGGACCGGGUGCGCCUUCGGCCCAAGAACCGCGAGGCCGAAGAGGUAUGGAGCAGGCUGUACGAGGACUUCAGACAGCAGCGCAUGGACGUGUGCGGACUGGACCUCGAGUACAUGCCAGUGGUGCUGGACGGUCUGCUGUCGAAGACUGAGGCUGAGACGGAGCUAUGA